AUGGAAAAUGGACAAGACGAUGUGCCGAUUUCAGUCAGGAAACUCACCCUGACGAAGGAACUGAAGGAUGACAUAGAGAAUGGCACGUACGAAGAAGGUUGGUUUUAUCUCACCGACGGACGGCCAGUGAGACUUGACUGGGACGUAAACACAACGUACAGCCUUGGAAAAGAUGAAGGAAAAUCGUUCAAGUACAGAACAACGCUGAGGACCAGAUAUGAAGAAGAACAGAUAGUCUGGGAAGAACUGGAGUUUUAUGAGUGUGCCGAAGAGUGGAGAGAGAAGAGCACAAUGGUCAUAGUGCCAGAGACUGAGAAGUCAGUGGUCAUUACGAUCAUGGAGAGAUUUCCGAGAAGUGUUGAGGACUACGGAGAGUACAGCAGUCCUUACAAGAGAAAGGAAGCAGAGGAAAAGCGCGACGUGGAAAUGGAACCACAAGAACAAGAAGACCUAUGGAAAGGAAGGUCAGAAGAAGAGUUGCAGCGAGAAAUUGACAAAGGAGUAGAGGAACUGGCACAAGCGCCAGGCCCAGAACAGCAUUUGCAAGAAGAGAACGAUGAGAGUGAACGGAAGAAGGUUGAAGAACAACUGCCGAAACUUGGAGAAGCAAUGGAUGAGAGAAUGAAGAUUGGAGGAAUUGAGCUGACACCAGCGAGCACGCUAAAGCAGCUAAGACAUGCUUGCGAGUUCCUCAAGGCUAAUGUCAUCGAGUGGAAUCGAAGCGGCGCCGAUCGAAGGACCGCCAGUACAAGUCCCGAGAACUCCAGCAGUUGGGUUGGAGACACCGCAGUACAGCCCGACAGCGUCGGAAAGACCAAGCAACGCAACGGCGAAGAAGAGCCGGAAGGCACGAGUAAAAGAGAACUCGAAGGAGGAGCCGCAGAAGAGCCUGAAGCAACAAGGCCAAGAGUCGAAGAAGGAAGCGGACAAGUUGAAGAACGAGCUGAGAAGAUCCAGAGAGGAGAACCUUCGGGAACGGUGAGAAGGAUAAUGGCCACAAGAAGUGUGCAAGAAGUGGCAUCAUUCCUUAGGAAGGAUCUACCGAAGUACCAUGAUGACGAAGAGGUUGAGCUAGAAGAGUUUGAAGGACUCGAAGUCGAGCUUGAAGAGUCUGAAGAAGAAGAAGCUCAGAGCUUGGAGAGGAUGAAGAGUUCGAAGAAAGUAUGCCGAAGUGGUCGAACAAGUUCGAAGAUGGACCUCCGAAGUUGGAAGAAGAUGAGCUGA